CCCAGGCGGAAUGAGGAGUACUGUUGGAUAGUCUGCGACGAACAUCAUGUAGUUGGAACACACGCCGUGUCAAUUUAUACAACAGGACUUUGGUGUGUCUUUCCCCCGUUUGUUUACCCGGACACUGGCUGUUUUUAACGCCCAGCAGACAUUAAAAUGUUCCUGCGCGGCUCCAAAAAGCGACGGUCCAACCGCUCGCAGGAGGAAGAGGACCCAGACAGAGGCCAGCCCUGUAUGCACUGUGGGGAUCAGUGCCCUGGCUUCCGUGUCCAUGGCUGGAGGAAAAUCUGCGUGCACUGCAAGUGUGUGCGAGAGGAGCAUGCAGUUCGCUCUGUGCCGGGCCAGCUGGAGAAGAUGAUGACGAAGCUGGUUUCAGACUUCCAGAGACACUCCAUCUCCGAUGACGACUCAGGCUGCGCCUCCGAGGAGUACGCAUGGGUCCCACCUGGGCUCAAGCCCGAACAGGUGUACCAGUAUUUUAGCUGCUUACCUGAGGACAGAGUGCCAUAUGUGAACAGUCCAGGAGAGAGAUAUCGAAUCAAACAACUGUUGCACCAGCUGCCGGCGCAUGACAGUGAGCCACAGUAUUGUAACUCUCUGGACGAGGAGGAGAAGAAGGAGUUGCGUCUGUUCAGUCAGCAGAGGAAAAGAGAAAACUUGGGUCGAGGCGUCGUCAGACUCUUUCCAGUAACUAUGAUGGGGGCCAUAUGCCAGCAGUGUGACAGACAAAUCUGCGGUGGCGACAUAGCGGUGUUUGCCAGUCGGGCCGGACAAGGUAGCUGCUGGCACCCUCAGUGUUUCCAGUGUGCCACCUGCACUGAGCUGCUGGUGGAUCUGAUCUACUUCUAUCAGGACGCACAGAUCUACUGCGGCCGGCACCACGCUGAGAGGCUCAAGCCCCGCUGCCAGGCCUGCGAUGAGAUUAUUCUAGCAGAUGAAUGCACUGAGGCAGAAGGAAGAUACUGGCACAUGAAGCACUUCUGUUGUUUUGAGUGCGAGGCAGCACUCGGCGGUCAGCGUUACAUCAUGAGAGAGAGUCGACCGUACUGCUGCUCCUGCUACGAGUCUCUGUAUGCAGAGUACUGUGAUACCUGCGGAGAACACAUAGGCAUUGACCAGGGUCAGAUGACAUACGAGGGUCAGCACUGGCACGCCGUAGAGUCCUGUUUCUGCUGCGCCCGCUGUCGACUGCCUCUGCUGGGGCGUCCCUUCCUCCCCCGAGGGGGGCUCAUCUUCUGCUCCAGACCCUGCUCGCUGGGCGAAGACCCCGAUAACUCUGACUCCUGUGACUCAGCGCUGCAGAGCAAACCACCUCAGCAUAACAGACACAGCAGCAGCAGCAGCACAGCAGAGAAAUACCAGCAGCAGUGUGGUUCUCCGCUGAAGCCACCAGAGGGCGUCACUAUCACUGCAAAAGACUGCAUUCAUACCGCAGUGGAAAGCCGAGGCGUCCACUGCACGGCUCCAGUUCAGAAUGGUGUUGCUACACUCAGUGUUCAUCCUCACACAAGAGGCUCCUACUCGCCACUUCCCCACAUUCAUCUCGGAAAUGGCUUGGGUCCCUCUUGGCCCAGUGACCUUCCACAUUACAGUUUACUGCCAGGGAACGGUGCCAUCAAACCUCCAGUCAAUGGUCCUCAGUUCCAGGGGGAGCAGAAGGAAAACACUGGACUAACUGGUCUCAAUUCACGAGGAACCUCAACCUCUAAAGACUGUAGAAACUGGGUGGAACAGACAAAUCAGGUUAUGCAAGCGUUUCCUCCCCAAAAAGACUCGCACCUGAUUUCACCCGACUCACCUCCUCCGCCUCCCAACAACCCAACCAUCCUCCCACCCCCUCUGCCCGUCAAGACUCGAGACUUGAUACCCAGAGAGUCGCCCCCGCAGAAGAUCCUGCAACCGGAGGACAGACCCUCAAAUUCUCCACCUCCGCUGACUCGCACUGGCACGGCGAGGGUGAGCUUUAGAGAGCCGAUCAGCAGCAGCUACUCCGUCGAUGAGGACGAGGACGAGCAUGAAGAGGUGCUGCACGAGGGAGAGGAAAACCAGGAGGCUGAAGAUGAGAUGGAGGGAGGUUUUGGGAGCAGGUUACAUCUACAGAAGGGAAUCCCACCACAGAUGGAUUUGCUGGACGGAUCUUCCUACCGUCAGCGGAGUCCGAGGCGAGGGUGGAAUCGGCGUAUCCCCUCUGACCCGGCCCUCCAAGCAGACGCAGAGAGGCGAUUGCGACGCUCGCGGACAGAUCGGCCCCAGCUGGACACCCUGGACUGGAGAGGCGACAAAGAGAGGGACUGCUCUAAAUCUUCUUCCCUGAGCCUUCAGCAGGGCCAUUACAAACACGAAGAUUCCUGUUCUACAUGCUCGUCGUCCUCUGAUUCAGAGGAGGAGGGCUUCUUCCUCGGGCAGCCCAUACCUCUGCCCCCGCAGCUACGAAAGCAGCCGUCCAUGGAGUGUAAAGACAGGGAGGGGGAGCAGGAGAGGGAGGUGCAGAGGGACAAGGGACUGAGAGGCAGCAUACGGCGGAGAAGAGCAAACAGUCUCGGUGCAAAGGACAAAGACAAAAACUGUGCUAUUUCCUAACCCCCAACAGCUGACAUCACCACACAGUGUGCUAUAUUCUGCAAGAAUAAACAACGGCCUUUCA